AUGCACCAAGAGAAAUCGACAAGUUCUGGCGGAAAUUCUAACGGAGAUCAGUCUGGAAUUAGAUCCAGCUCGCCCACACCCCCAUUUGAAACACCUCCUACUUCUCCGAAUACGCCUUCCGUCCCAGAUGUUGCACAAUUUUCACUCAGCGUCGCCUUCUCCAGCUCUCAGGUUCAAGCCAGCAGCUCGCUCACGUUUUCCGUCUUUGAAGCACCAUCCGUGCCGGUCCCCGCUCCAGUGUACAGCCCGAACCGCCCCCGAUCCUGCGGCGCUCACCCAGAACAAUGGGGCGCCAAUGGUGAGUGCACAUCGGUAAAAUACCUGCAGUCACCUACGCACCGUUCGCCCCCGGUGACCCCAAAUAUUCUAGAGCUCGUCGCCGUCGUAAGGAACGAACGCAAACCACUUGCGCUGACGACACGCCCGCUCAACGUCACAUCCAAACCGAAGAUAGCUAUUUCUCCGCCUUCUCUUUCUAUUUCACCGCAUGUUCUGGGCAGGCAGAAACGCGUACAGCAGCAGAGGAGAAAGAGCUGUAGUCCCACCAUUGGUCCCUCGCCCCUCCGCAAUGCUGUGGUGCUUGACUCGACUUCGUUUACCGCAAGCGUUAGUACUCCCACUAUGGGCACUGUGAUCAAAAUGGAAAAUAGCUUGUCCGGUUCCACAUCUGGCACUUGGCAGCUUGAGGACCUCGUCAGGGACGGUCAGCUAGACGUCGAUGCGGUCAGCGCUGUGCUUGGACUCGGACUGAUGAUGGGAUCGGACGAUGGCGAUGCUGACGCGCGCAUCAUCACGUCUACUUUGGAUGCGGAAGUGGGUCACUAUGAUCAGAUCAUGACAGGGUACUACGAUGAUGCUGAGAAGUCAUUGAACAUGGGAUGGGGACGCGCCAGAGAACUGGGCGCGAGUCUUCAAAUCCGCGUGCCGGGGUCUCAGCUCUUUGCUAUCCCUGAAGAAACGGACGACGAGUGCGCAUCGGCGCGCGUCUCUGCUGCUUCUGCGUGCGACAUAGAUCUGCGGCUGCUGGGUCUUGAGCAAGAACAACUGGACCUGGGCGAUGAGGCGCUAUGGGAAAACGUAUGGGAAGAAGAGCAGAGCUGGACCGAGAGUGUCUCUAUACGAGAGAGCAUUGGCUUAGCUUGGUGA